AUGAGGUGGACUGGACAAUUUGUGUUCUGCACUCUUUUUCUUUACCCACUAAGUGUUUGGACGACAAAUCCUGGAUUCAAGGGAAAAAUCACCACAAAAGGAAUUGAUUAUGGCUGCAAGAUUGUCAUGUCUGUUUUACGAAACAGACUAUUGGAUGUGAAAAUUCCAGACCUAUCAGGCAAGAAGCACACCAAGGUCUUGCAACAAAUUCAGUAUAACAUAAGCAGGAUUACAAUAAGUAAUGUGAACUUUCCAGACACAAGUGUUACCUUGAUCUCUAACUUGGGGCUGAAAGUUACUGUUUCUAUUGGUUAUAUUGAGAUGAAUGGUAACUGGCACAUCAAAUCAAAUAUUUUAAGAACUCAUGGUGGAGUAAAGGCACAGAUCAACAGCAUUGCCACCUCCUUUUACCUUAAGUUUGGCAAGGAUAAUACCGGCAGACCAACCAUGUUCAUAACGGACUGCACAAGUUACAUUGCAAAACUCCAACUGUAUGUGUUUGGAAAAUAUAGUUGGCUGUACAACCUAAUCAUGAGAUGGUUUGAACCGUCCAUAAAGAAAUACUUGAGUGGCAAGAUCUGUCUUGAAAUGAAGAAAAUUCUUAAUGAAAAGAUACAUCCAUUUCUGCAAAAAAUACCAGUGACAAAAAUCAUUGGCAGAUAUGUUGGAAUCGAUUACUCUUUAACCAGCCCUCCAGUAGUGACAGAAGAUUCACUGAUUCUACCUCUCAAGGGGGAAUUCUACAACCUCUUACAUCGUACCGACAUCCCAUUUUCUGCUCCAGCACUCAACUUUGUAUCAGGCCAUGAACGCAUGUUCUACGUUGGAUUUUCUGAAUACUUCUUUAAUUCUGCUGGUUACAUUUACAAUUCAGUGGGAGGCAUCUCCUUUAACAUUACCGAUGACAUGCUUCCAGAUAAUUCACAUAUACGUUUUGAUACGCAAACCAUUGGAACUCUGAUACCACAGAUGAAAAAAAUAUACCCAAACAUGAAGAUGAAACUGCACUUUGUAACGGAUUCAGCACCAUCUGUGGCCUUUGUGCCUGGUAAGAUCAUCCUCACAAUAUCUGGAGAUAUCUAUGCCUUUGUUAUCUUACCAAAUUCAACAUCAGUUCCACUCUUCAAUGUUAAACAGAAUGCUCAAAUCACAGCCACAGUUGGUAUAAAAGAUGAAAAGAUAACCGGAAGACUAGCUCUUGAUAGGGUAGAAUUAUCUUUAAAGAAAUCUAACAUUGGUCCAUUUGAAGUGAACUGUCUACAAGCUGGAAUUGAUUUCUUAAUUUCCAUUGUUAUUUUACCACGCAUUAACUCUGUCCUUGCCAAUGGAUAUUCACUGCCUCUGAUAGACCAGAUCAAACUUUCCAACAUUAUUGUACAGCCACAUAAGAACUUCCUUCUGUUUGCCACAGAUAUCACCUAUUAUUGA